AAAUAAAAAAAAAAAAAACAAAAUUUAAAAAAAAAUCUCAGAGGGAUGGAUAAAGCGAAUAUGCCUGCCAUUUCUCAUUUUGAUCCUUUCCUCAGACCCCCUUGUGUCCGAACUCAUCGCUCCACUGUCUACCAUCUUCUUCUUUCAAGCAGGCUCUUCCCACUCUGUAGUUCAUAAGAUAAAAAUAGGUGUAUCUUCCAGAUUUCCGUUGCUUCUGGUACUUUUCACUUGAUACUUUGUCGGUCCGUCUCUCUUGUAGCCUGAAAUAUAACAAGUGGAAUCUGAGCAUAGUUUUCUUGGCUGAAGUGCAGGUUCAAUUACAAAUAGUUAAAUGCCUAUUUAUAUGGUUUUUGGACCUUUUUGGAUUUUAUGAUUGAUAGUUGUGCAUGUUUUGGAGCUUAACCAAACACUACUAUUAGAUUUCAGAGGAAAGGAGAGGAGGAAUAGUCAGGUUAUUAUCCACUAUGGCACAUUUACUUUCAACUUCUUGCUACUUGAAGUUGUCCUGUUCCUCUAGCCGCAGAUCUUACUCUCCAACAUUGAAUGGAUGCCCAACAACAUUUUCUUCCUUUUUUACAUUGCAAACUUCCAAAUCUUCUUUUAGAAGGGUGAUCUUCCGAGAGGAGAGACUAAAAGGAAGUUUUGUUGUCCGAGCAACUGCAGUCCCUGUAAGCCAAGUAGCUCCAACGCAAUCUAGCUCCAAUUCCCGCCAGAACUCUGAUGAAUCACCCAAGCCAAGACGAGUUAUGGUCAUUGGCGGUGAUGGCUACUGUGGUUGGGCCACUGCCCUCCACUUAUCAAACAAAGGUUAUGAGGUUGCUAUAGUUGACAACCUCAUCCGUCGUCUUUUUGACCACCAACUUGGUCUAGACUCUCUGACCCCUAUCUCUUCCAUCCAUAACCGGAUACGUUGUUGGAAAUCAGUCACUGGAAAAACUAUUGAACUCUAUAUUGGUGAUAUUUGUGACUUUGAAUUCUUGUCAGAAACAUUCAAGUCAUUUGAGCCUGAUGCCGUUGUCCAUUUUGGGGAACAGCGGUCAGCCCCUUAUUCAAUGAUUGAUAGGUCCAGAGCUUUAUUUACUCAGCACAACAAUGUGAUUGGAACACUUAAUGUUCUCUUUGCUAUAAAGGAAUUCAGAGAGCAAUGCCAUCUGGUGAAGCUUGGGACAAUGGGAGAGUAUGGGACACCAAACAUUGAUAUUGAGGAGGGUUAUAUAACGAUUACCCAUAAUGGAAGAACAGACACUUUGCCUUACCCUAAGCAAGCCAGCUCUUUCUACCAUCUUAGCAAGGUCCACGACUCAAAUAAUAUAGCCUUCACUUGCAAGGCUUGGGGAAUUAGAGCUACAGAUCUAAACCAAGGAGUGGUUUAUGGAGUGAGGACCGAUGAGACAGAGAUGCAUCAAGAACUCUGCAACAGGUUUGAUUAUGAUGGUGUAUUUGGAACCGCAUUGAAUCGGUUUUGUGUCCAGGCUGCUGUUGGACAUCCACUGACUGUAUAUGGAAAAGGGGGCCAGACCAGGGGCUACCUUGACAUAAGGGAUACAGUUCAAUGUGUGGAACUCGCCAUCGCAAACCCAGCAAGACCUGGAGAGUUUCGGGUCUUCAAUCAAUUUACAGAGCAGUUUUCUGUCAAUGAACUGGCUUCCCUUGUAACGAAAGCAGGAGAGAAGCUUGGUCUAGAUGUGAAAACAAUAUCCGUGCCAAAUCCACGUGUAGAGGCAGAAGAACAUUACUACAAUGCCAAGCACACUAAGCUCAUUGAGUUGGGACUCAAACCGCACCUUCUUUCAGACUCUCUUCUCGACUCGUUGCUCAACUUUGCGAUAAAGUACAAGGAUCGUGUUGAUACGAAACAGAUAAUGCCCAAUGUUUCAUGGAAAAAAAUCGGUGCUAAGCCAAAGACUGUUGCAGCAUGAAUAAGUAAACAUGAGUUAGAAAUGUAUGCUAUAGAAAUUCAGUAAUCGAGUUUGAUCUUAGUGUUGAUUGUACUAGAUAUUGCGUUGUGCUAAUGUAGUGAUUAAGAUGGUGCUCAUGUAUGGCGGUGUCUGCUUUUUCCUCCCAGCUUCCAUUUUCAAAUAACUCUGGCCUGUAGACCCUGGUAGCCACCGGGGAAGAGGAGAGCAAUGAGUUUUGGGUCUUUCCAGCAAAGUUUUAUUUUAUUUUAUAUUUUUAGA